AUGAAUGGCAGUAAUGGAAAGAAAAAAUCCAAAUUUCAGACUUUCAAGAACUUCUUUGCCAAGAAGAAAAGGAAAGAGCCUCCACCUCCCAGGGGAGAGAGUAAUUUAAAACCUAGCCAGUCCAGCAGCGAUGUCAGCAUCUCUGUGCUCGACACUACUGCACUUCAUUCACCAAAGGAGGCUGGGCCCAAAGGAAGCAUGGGAAACAAAGCCUUGUCCCAUGACAGCGUCUUCAUUUUUGAGACUGCACCAGGAAAUGUGGCAGGUGAUACGUUGUCUCAGGAAAACAUACCUGGAAGAGUGAAAACUUUGCAGCUUCAGUUGCAGCAGAACAUCAGACUUGGAUCGCCUCCUCUUGUUAUAACUGGAAAGAAACUGGAAGAUGCAGGUGCUGUUUCUGAAGAUGAUGGUUUACCUAGAAGCCCUCCUGAAAUUUCAACCCUUCAUGAAGUUCUGACAGAUUCACCAAGCAAGUCCUCCAACCCCGUUCAGCGUCAUAGCUCUUUGAGUUUAGGCGGGACAGACAGUGAAGAUGAACAGAUACCUUCUGGAGCUUCCUCCAGACCCAUCAGUCCUUCAUCCUCUGCUGCUCUGGGGGCCGCCGGCUCACGAGGCAGCAGCUGCCUUCCUGUUGACUUCACCAUCCCUGCCAGUCCCUUCGGCUGCCUGGACACCUCAGCAGCCAGGCACAGGAUUGCCAUAAACCCCCGGAAACAGAAAGGCUUUACCAACAAGAAUCAGCAGACACCCCAGGUGGAACAGCUGGAAAAUGAAGCAUGUCUUCCUGCAACUCCAGAAAAGAAGGGAAAUUCAACAGAAUUACUUGAGAGUGACCAGCAUAAAAGUGAUUGGGAAGGAUUAUCAGCCCCAGUGGGAUAUUGUGCAACGGGAGGCAGUUCUAAGGAGAUGCCAGGUGUAAAAAGUCCCACUGAUGCUGCCCAUGACUCUUGUGAUUCCACACUUGUGGCAGAAGACUCUUGUGCUUUGCUGCAAGAGGAUGCAUGCCUUCCAGACAUGGACCAUCACUAUAAAGCAGCUGCACCCCUUCUGAGACCUGAGCCUUCUCCAAUGAACCUGGAGGAACACCACAGUGCAGAAGUGUCGUACUGUUCAGAUGAGUCUGCUAAUGAAUUGAAAUUACAUCAGCAAAAUACCAAUACUGAAGUAUCUGCACUUCCAAAAUUGCAACAAGUUGAAGGAGAAGCUAUUGUGUUUCCAGACAUACUAGCAGCUGACUUGUUUAGCAAUGGUGUAGAAACAGAGGGCAUAGAUACAUUGGCAGACAUUGCACAAAGGUCCUCAGUAAAUUCUGUGGACCCAAACAUCAAAGACCAGGAAAAGGGGGAUCCAUUGUUUAUUGGCAAAGUAGAAGCCUGCUUGGGUACUAUUGAGAAUCAUUCCAAUCACGCUGUCUCAGAUACUGCACCAAGCACUUCACAGGUUGCGGUAGCCGAUUCAGAGUCUUCUUCUGACAUCAAGACAGUGGCUGUUUUGAAGCCUGAAAACAGUUCAGGAACAAGUAAUUACAAAGAAACUUGUGAAAUAAUGGAAUUUCAGUCAUCCAAAGGCAAUGCAGAAAAAAAGGUAGACACCGCUGCAUCUGUCUUGGAAGCAGGUUGCAUGCUACCUCCUAGUAAAUUGGAAGUAGGUUUUAAAGCAGAAACUGUUUCUGUUUCAAAGGGUAGCCAAGGCAGUCAACAGGCCAAUACAUCAUACAUUUCUGAAAAACUUUCCAUUGGAUGUCUUGCCUCUUCAAGUUUGGCUGGCUUGAAGAGUAAUAUCUCUUCUGAUGAUGACAAUAAGGAGUACCAGAUAAGCAGUACAGCUUCUCCCAGAAAAACAGUGGAAGACAGUCGACCUUCAGAUGAAAAUGUAAAAAGUCCACUGAAGACUGCUGCUGCUAAACCAGUCAGAUUUACCAUUGCCCCAGCAUGGCAAAGAUCUCUCUCAGGGGGUUCAAAUUCAAAGGAGGAUUCCUAUACCAGAAGUUCCCCAACGUCCCCUAUAAGACCAGAGUUGUUUGAAGGAAUGACAAAAGAACACGCACGUUUUGAUGCAGUCAUCCAGGAAUCGGCAAAACCCAACUCAUAUAGAUUUGAUCAAGAUUGUAAGGACAGUGAUUUGCAUUUGAAUUCGUCUAUGGAGUGGGCUGACCAUGAAGCACGAAAUGUUGAAAACCCUUUUGGGGUCAGACUAAGAAGAACAUCUUCUUUACUAAAAUAUCAGAAUGAAAGCCGUGCUGAGUCUCCAAAGCUGAUCUCCUCAGCUGUUCCCACUGCUUCUUCUGCUUCAAUCAAGGAGGAUCAGAAAUCGGUGGGCACCGGGAAGUCACUUGCGGGCCUUCCUGUCAGCACAAAAUCAUUUGUUAAAAAAACAGAUCUCCUAGAAGACAAAAAUCCUCCCAAGACAAGAUCAGAAGAAGUGGCAAAGAAGCAAAAUGGUCAUAAACCUUCAGAAAAAGUCUCCUCUCCACAUUUGGAAACUGCUUCCUCUGAACCAGCUUGGGUCUCCAUGGCAAAACUAAAACAAAAGGGUUUCCAGGACCACCCUCUUGCCAAAGAACAUAAAGCUGAAGACAAAGCUUUGACCAAAGUGGAUCAAGAGGAGCAAGGGAUCUGUGCUAGUGAGAACAUACUGAAGAAGAAUACGCCUUCCAGCUUGAGCUCUCAGGACACGAAAAUGCAAGUGAAGACCAAUGUGUCUGCUACAGCAGGUAAAGUUGGACCUAUUGCUCAGGAAGCAUCUGUGAUUCCUGCUGUUGAAAAGGAAGCAAGACACUCCUCUAACCUGCCAAUGACACCAUGCAGCCCUGCUGAACCUCCGUGGCUAUCCCUGGCCAAGAAGAAAGCCAAAGCAUGGAGUGAAAUGCCCCAGAUUGUACAAUAGCAAAUGACAUGAGCAUCCUUCUUUGUAUUGCCAAUAGCUGCGUUAACUCCAUUUAAUCCCUUCUUUACUGUGACCAUUUUUUUGAGAAAUAAGAGCCUUAAAACUUUUGAUCAGACUGUUAUAUGUAAAUACACAAUGAAGAAAUGCCAUGGCAGGCUUAAUUUGAAGUAUUAGAAAGCUGAGCAUUUCCUACUACCAAAUACUAGAAAAAUUUGAUCAAUUUGUUAUAUCCUUACACAUCUGACAGUAAGGUUCUAAGAAGACAUGCUUCAGGCUUUUAAAACAUUUCCCUUGCAAAAUAUGUUUUUAAAGUUUCCGCAGGCCAUACAGUAUUUUGUGCAAUGUGGUUUUGGCUAAGAAAUUAAUGUAUGCUAUAAAAUAGAUAUAAUGCUGGGCACUGACACAUCAUGACUCAUGGGCAUUGAUGUCAUCACACUUCUUUCUCUAAUGCUCUGGGAUGGGCAGUCUAACUUUGCUUCUGAUUGUUAAUGGAUCUGUUUUGUGAUAGCUAUAAGAUCUAAACAGCAUUGUGAGUUGGAGUAAUUCUGGCUUUUGGGUGGUUUGAAGUCACAACACUGUGGGUCUUGUGCUUUGCUCGUUGAUGCCCGCUGGAGUGGCCCAGAGCCACACACCUGUUCUCUCCCAUGCACUGGAAAACCACCACACUCUAGCAUAUGCUCUGCUUUUGGUUACACCUUUGGCAAUCUGCGAUAAUUUGGGCAUUCUACCAAAAAAAAAAGUCCUUUCUUUAAUUAUGGCAAAUAGUGAUUUAUUUUUUGUGAGAUUCCUCAGCCAAUUAUCUCUCUUAAAGAGUGAGUUGGAAAUGGGAACUAUUUGCUACCUAGAAGGUGGCGUCUUGUUUUCAACAAAUGCCACUUUACUCUCCAUGUUCAUGUGGAUGUGUAUUUAGUCAGUUGUAUUUAAUAUUAGUGAUAAAAGGGGCAUCUGCUUUCCUCUUUGCCUCAUCAGUCUUUAACUAGCAACUUGACAUCAGCCUAAGAAUGUGCAGCUGGGAAAGGAUUAUUCUCUCAGGGCCUGGCCUUGCAGUCACUUACGUUGACAGAAGUUUUGCUAUUGACUUUGAAGGAAGCGGACAUUUGAAAAAGCAGCUUUGUAAAAUGAUGUUAGUAGCUUAAGCGGCAGUGGCACGUACCGGUCCUUUUCAGUUUUUGCAGCAUUGCGCAUUUAUGUAGUUUUUGUUUACAGUCAGUGCAAAAUUUGAAGGCUGACUUGGCUGAUGGACAGUUUUUAGCUGGAAAGUUGGUAGGUAUUUUUAAGGAAAAAAUUAUCUAUUGAUAGGAUUAACUGCAAAUCAAAAAUUUGGUUUCAGAUCAGCUCAAGCAAGACUUUAAUCUUCCAGUCUUGGCCUGAAUUUAAUAUGUAGCUCUUGCAAUUUGAAAACAGUAUUAAUUAGGAGCUAGACUGUGAUUUUUAUUUUUUUUUUAAUAUAGGUGAAAACUUACUCACCCAGGUAGGCUCACUGAAGCUGUAGAUACUGUUUAUUUUAUACUAACACCAGAAAGAGUAAGAGCUUCACAUUGGCUUGGUAAUCCAUGCCUAUUUUACUACUUGUUUUUUGCUAUUUUAGGAAGCAUAUCUUCUCUUACAAAGAAGUGAAACAUUUGUAUUUCUCUGAAACUUUUGGGUGUAAUGUAAAUGAACAUACUCAGUUUUGAUUCCUGAAGUUUUGUACAGCUGUCAUCCCACCACAAGCUUACUGACCCUGUGUAAAAUACGUGCAUUUCUGUAUUUGACAAAUUCUCUUCUCUUUUUAUUAGCGUGGAUUGUGAUCCUUCAACCAAAGUACUGCAAAUGAUACUAGAAUCUCUCUUUCCCUGUGUUUGCUUUUGAUCUUAAUAUUGUCUGUCUUUUAUGUUUCAUAUGUAUAUAUGUUUUUGUAAUCCUUGUCUUGAAGGGAACCCCUUUUGUAUUCUAUUCCCGUAUUUGGUUUACGAUUAAAUGCCAUUGUCAGUGAUGAUGAUAUAAUUCCUGGGAAGAGUGAUAGAUUGCCCUGGAAAAAAUAAAAGAGGUCUUUG